CAUGGGGGUGGGGCUUGCCCUGUCGCCUGAGGACCUCGGAGCGGGCGGAGACAGCCAGAGAAGGAAGAAGAGGCUGUCCAGUCGAGGCUUUGAGAGACUUAGCAGCUCACAGCAGAUAAAAGCGCAGGGCUGCAGAAAAAGCAGUCUUCACAGCGUGCUCAGCUCCAAGCUGGCCAGCGAUGUGGCUCAGCUCAAACAGAGAGCCCAGGGGAAAAAGAAUCUCUCAGGGACUGGCUCCAGGGACAAGGAGGUUUCGUCCUGCAACUCUAACCCCAAGCACGGACACAGAAGCCAGGGCACAAGCAAAGUGGAAUCCCGACGAGAGUCAGGGGGACAAAGUGACACAGCAGCCAGUGUUGACAGCGGCCCUCAGGAGAGCUGGACUGGGCAGGUGCGACAUGGACGCAAAAAGGGAUCCACCACCAUGACACAGGGUUCCUCCUCCUCCAGAUCGAGGAUUCUCCGUGGCCACAGACAGGACGCCAUGGCAGAGGGAGAGAGCUCCCCUGCAGAGAGUGACUCCUCUGAUCAAGAUGAUGAAGAAGAGGAAGGCAGUUAUGAUACUGAUGAAGGUCAAGACUACAGAGCCCAACCCCACAGGGACGUCACUUCUAGCUCCUCCAUGACAGGCCCGAGUCCCUCGUCCGUUGUAAAGCUGGAGGCCAAUCAGAAAGCCAGGAACAAAAAACAGAGGCAGGAGCUUUAUGCCUCCCAGUGUCUGUCUGGAGCGGAGGGGGUUGUCAAAGUAAGGGAGAAGCCCCCCUGUAGGAUGGGCCUGGCCACUGCAGUCAAAAACCACCGUGAAGAUCACAGACUCGAAGGUGUCAGAAGACCGUGUGGAUCUCGGUCUAAGGAGCCUCGGUGGGGCGGCCUAGGGACCAGAGGCAAACGCUACAGGAGGAGCAUGGGACUGGCCACCUUCCCGACCACCAGUGAGAGGCUAAAGAGGGCGACUCGCAAGAGCACCAUGUUAAGAGGGGCCAUCAAUAAGCCAAAGGGGAGAGCGGUGAGUCGGCUUCUGGAGAGCUUUGCGGCAGACGAGGGCUUUCAGAUGGAUGGCAGCAGCUUCUCGGAAGAGGAGGAAGACAGCAACUGUUCAUUCAACAAAAGCCCCGAAUUUCCUAACUGUGUCCUGACCAAAGAGCUGUUAACCGAUGGACUCAAGGUGCUGAUCUCCAAGGAGGAUGAGCUUCUCUACGCUGCCAGGAUCCACACUCUGGAGCUCCCAGACAUCUUCAGCAUUGUUAUCGAUGGUGAAAGAGGAAACCGCCCAAGAAUCUAUUCGCUGGAGCAACUGCUAAAGGAAGCUGUCCUGGAUAUACGUCCAGAGUCAGAGGCUCUGCUCAGCGAGGGAACCAGAGUGUGUGCUUACUGGAGCGAACGCUCUCGCUGCUUAUAUCCAGGCUAUGUCCGCAGAGGUGCUUCAUCUGAUGAGGGGAAACAAGGAGGGGUGAUGGUGGAGUUUGAUGAUGGAGACCGAGGGAAGAUUUCUCUCCCAAACAUCCGCCUCCUGCCUCCAGGAUACCAGAUUCACUGUGGGGAGUUAUCUCCUGCCCUGCUGGUAUCCAGCGGGACAACAACCAAGAGAAGCUCCAGUCUUGAACAGGCCCCCAUCAGUGACAGACACUCUGACAGACUCAACACUAUGAACUCUCUAACAAGUAGUCAAACGCUAAAUGUUCACAAAAGAAGACCGGGGAGACCAAAGGGUUCUGGGAAAAAACAAAAGCAACAGCAGCAACAAGCUGAGAGUGCCAAUAAAAAUCCUUCACCUUUCCUGGGUUGGCCCUUAUUGGCCAACACCAGAAAGAGGACGUCCGACAAUCUCUUUCAACUCAAUGGGGUACCCAGGAAGGUCUUAAGAGGGAAGGACGAUGACCGGUUUCCUUUGCCUCAAACCCAGCCACCGGCUUCCAUCCCAGCCAAGGGCCUUUUUAGUAGCAGUUCCUUUGAGGUAGACUCAUUUAGCAGUAUUGCAAAUGGCUACUCCUCCUUUUGUACUCAGUCUACAGGUCCAGAUUUAUCUCUGGGCCCCAGAAGUGGACUGUAUGGCCAGAAGCGCAGACAAGAUGAGCCGCCAAGGGGUAGGAAGUCUGGACAAGAGUUCCUUGUCAAGUUAGAUCAUGAAGGAGUGACCUCCCCCAAGACAAAGAACAGCAAGGCUCUACUGUUAAGAGGUGGAUCUUCCAGUGUGAGUAGUAUGCCCACGACAGAGGCCUACUCGCACCCAGUCCUUUUGGUUAAAGACAAUAAAAAGGGUGGUGCCUCCAGGGUCGAACUUCUACUGAAAGGUACCACACACCAAAGAAAGCCCUCCCCUUCUCUGCGUCUGGGGGAGUAUGGCGAUUUGGGCUUCAGCUCCCACCGAGACUGUCACAGCUCCUACUCUGAUCUGGAUGAUGAUGAUGAAGAAGAAGAAGAGGAGGAGAGGAGGAGGGCUGCACUGGCUGCAGCCUCAGGAGGACUAAGGACACCUGGCAGUUUCCUCUCUCGUCUCUCUGUCUCCUCCUCCUCUUCUGGUUCUUCUAGCUCCUCCUCUUCAGGCUCUCUCUCCAGUUCCAGCCUCUGUUCCUCAGACAAUGAUUCAUCCUACAGCUCAGAGGAUGAGGACAGUUCUACUCUAAUGCUGCAGAGUUGUCUGUCUUCCCACCGGCGGCUCCUCCAACCGUCUGAACCCACUACGUCUUCAAGGUCACAUCAGCAAUCCUUUGUGGCCAAAGCUGUUGCUGUUUCCAAUACUAAAGGUGGCACGACAGAUCAGAUGUCCAACAGCAAGUCUUUGAAGAGGAAAGAUUGCAACAGCUCCACCCCUAAACCUAAGGAAUUCAUGAAGAAACCAAGGAUGCUUACUGAUGAUAACUCAUUUAUUCCGAGGCCCAAGAUGUCUGUAUUCCUAGCAGGCCGACAAAUGUGGAGAUGGUCAGGAAACCCUACACAGAGGCGAGGUCUUAAGGGCAAGGCCAGGAAACUUUUCUAUAAGGCCAUUGUACGAGGCAGGGACACAGUGAGAGUGGGAGACUGUGCCGUGUUCCUCUCAGCUGGACGCCCGAAUCUUCCAUACAUUGGUCGAAUUGAGAACUUCUGGGAAUCCUGGACCUCUAGUAUGGUGGUUAAAGUGAAAUGGUUCUACCACCCUGAAGAGACAAAGCUAGGCAAAAGGCAUCGAGAUGGAAAACACGCCCUAUACCAGUCAUGUCAUGAGGAUGAGAACGACGUCCAGACAAUCUCUCAUAAGUGCCAGGUGGUGAGCAGGGAGGAGUAUGAAUGUCUGACUCGCAUUCAGAAGCCGAACAGUACCUCCCCAGACCUCUACUACCUGGCUGGGACGUAUGACCCCAUGGCUGGUCAGUUGGUCACUGCUGAAGGGGUUUCCAUCCUGUGUUGAGCCUCCAUGAGGACACUACUGAAUGACUCCUCUGACUUUACCGAUAUGACAGUUCAGCACUGGAAGACGCAAAUUGUUCCUUGGGUAUGCCUCAAGGACCCAUGGACUAAAUGUCAACACCAAUGCAGGGCUGUCUGAGGUUACACACUGGAGUCUAUUGGCAUCUAACUUUGUUAGAAGUGAAGGGGAUGUCCAUAACUGGUUGAUCCUUUCAAGAGGAAUAGUAGAAAGUCUGGGUCUUCCUGGGUAUCGCAAAAUUCACUAAGUGGCGUUUCAAUCGUCAAACUAAUCUCUUUUUAAUAGAUCCCAUGUGAUUGACAGCUUCAUAACUGGUUUUAGGAUUUAUGCUUCCAGCUCCUAUCAUAUGUCACAAAAGGAGAGCUGAGAUUGCAUUGGACUGUGCGAAAUACCAUGAGGCUGAAGAGUCUCAGCGGACCAAUUCUUUAAAGGUAGCCUUACCGGGGGGGAAUGGAAACGAAAGUGAGGCACGGGGCUCUCCCCAAACCUCUUCAUUCCAGGGAAGUCUAAAACAUGUAAAGGAUGUAAAGUUGAUGUCUGUAAAUAUUUUGAAAAUUUCCCAAUCAAGCCAUACACUUCAGUACCUCUCGCCUGUCUUAACUGUUCAGGUGUACAUUGUACAGUUCAGUUAUUGUAUUGUUGUCUGUUGUCUAUAUGUACAUAAAAGCUAUUUUAUAUAGGAGUUUAUUGUAUAUAUAUGAGAUGUAUCUUUCCAUGUUUGCGAUUGAUUUAUUUUUAUAUGGGUGUGAAAUACAUUACCUUGUUUUUCCUUUGCUUUGGGAAGUCAAGAUUGGAGAUGUUAGUGUUGCACUGCAUAUGCCCUGCUGAGACAGAGACAGACAGAGCACAGACAAAGACAGAAGGAGUUAGUCUACAACAGGACGAGACACACUUUCUGAGAGAGAGGGGUCAUCCUGUUUAAAAAUAGGUCAAGUGGCUUUUUGGUAUACGUGUUCUGUAACUUUGCAUUUUUGUUAUCCUAUUAAAAAAACAAAUGAGAGAAAAAAAACAAGAGAAAAAAUUAUUUAUGUACCUCUCAGUUGGUCAUCAUCACAAGGCAGAUCCCAAUGGACUGCAAUCACGGGUCAAAAAUGGUUUAAGAGUAAUGAUAUGAGUGAACCGUUAUGACACAAUAUCUGUGUGUGAUGAGUGUCCUGGCAUCACUAUAAUAAUGUCCACUCAAAUAAAUUCUGAACAAGACUGGGUCUUUUAAUGAAAAUGUGUUAAAUCAUGUGCGUUGCUCUCACGGAUGCAUUGGUUCAGCACAUUAUAACUUACAAAAUACCAAAGUGUCUUUAAUAUCUUUAUUUUCUUUAUUUAAAUUUAACAUAUGUCAAGCACCUGUACUGAACUCAAAUCAGAAAUCACUGGUAACUUAGAAUACUUGUCCUUGCAUAUACUUGCAUAUAUAUUGGCUUUGCAUUGUGACAAUGGUUUCUUGCACAUGUACCUGCAGUUUUGUUUAGUACAAAAAUGUGCAGCUAAAGGCCGCCUGGGAGUGUGACUAUGAAGGUCAAGGUACUGACAAAGUAAGAUGUUGAGUGCUGACAACUAUGUUGGAAUUAGUAUAUUUUAGUUUCAUCAGCCAUCUUUGUCUAUUUUGUACAGUACACGCACAUACUCAAAUGCUAA